CUCAAUUUCACACACAGGCACACACACAGGGAGACGGUUCUCUGCUGCAGCUCCCUGCUGGCUUUCGUGGAUUCACAAUCUCUUCCCUUCACUUGUGGUUGGGUCACUUCACAGGAGAGCGAGCCAACGUGCCCUAGGGGGCUCGGAGAAUGGAGGACAGUAUGUGAUCGGUGCCUAACUAACCGCUCCGCUUCACUGUCGGCAACAUGCUUCGUCUUCGCCGGAUGAUGGCUUUGUGCUUAAGGUGCUCUCUCCUCGCCAUUCUUCUCCACACGACGGUGUUUGCGGACAAAGAGGAGGAUCUUACGAAGCCGACAGGACCGCCUGCCAGUAAGGGAUGGUCCUAUUGGCCAGUCACAGGCUUGGGGAUGAGCUGGUCCUUGCCAAAGCAGCCCAGCUUGUCCAUGUUCCCAUCACUCCCGGCGGCGCCGUCGAUUCCGUUUUCUUCGCUCAACCUGUGGGGAGGGAAGUCACAGAUUAAGAAUGCAGGGCCCCAAAGGACCACACCAACAGAGGGACCAACAAAGGGACCGUCAAAGGGACUGAUUAAGCCCAAGAGAAGGAUGGACAACCCAACAGAGAGACCAACAGAGAGACCAACAGAGGGACGAAUGAAGCCUGAGAAUUCACAGGGACGUUCAGGGUUUGGGGUGGAGAGUAUUUCUAAAACCCCUCAAUCCUCCACCAUCACCUCUUGGACUGAAAAUCACCCCACCUCGACUGAGAUAAGAACGGUAACAAACUCACAGACAGUCACUCCUAACAAGAGCACACAAAUAAACACCAAAUAUAUCUUAGAUUCUAUAACCGCUGUCUUAGAUUCCAUAUCCUCUAUUUCUAUGUCACAGGGCGUUGAUAUAUUCUCCGAUAGUCUCACCAGCACAAACACACUGCCACAGACAAUAACACACACACACCUGUCACCAGAAACGGCCCAAAUGCCAAAGGACAGUUGGAGUGUCACCACUAAACCUUUCCCCAAGGAAACAAAGAUCCAAGAUGAACUAGUUUCCAAGAGUGACCCUCUCACAACCUCUGUCCCACUCCUGACGUCCCCACAAACCACAGUCCCCACAACCCUGGUCACAACUCCACCAAGGAUCACCGUCAAUCCAACACAGGUGGAGACCACACUGACCAGACAACCCUUUGACUCUGGCACCCCACCCACGUCCCCACAAACCAGGGUCACCACAAGACGGCUGGCCUCGACCGUAAGCACCGACAUUGGAACUAAAGAGGCCACGGUCACCGAAACUCAGAAUUCACCAGACCUGGGUUUUUCUGAGGCCAAAGCCGGGCCUGUGGAGGAACGACCGGGAGCGAACACCACCACGAGAAUAGAGGAUGGAGCAGAGGAUAGAACACCAAGCACAACUCAAAGCCUAAGGGUUAACUCACCAACACCAGGAGUUUUCCAUGUUUUUUCAGGUAACCUUCCUGAUCCUGAAGACUGGCUGUCCGACCCAACAGGCAGUGAAGCCACCUACCUCCCAGACUGCAAUCAGGAACGUUCGGGAAUCUGCAACGUCUCCGACACCUGGGCACUGCCCACCACCUCUGACGUCCUCCCCACCGCCAACACCCCCUCCGCCAACCAAUCAAAUAACCCCUUCCUGAUUCCGGCCCGGCCCAUGUUUGUUCCCCUGCACUCUGAUUGGAACAGCGCCAUGGCCACCUGGGGGUUAGCCUGGGAUGCCCACGUGUAUGGUCUGGGCUCCAUCUUUGCCAUGGUGACCCUGGCCUCGGCACUCAACCUGCUGUGCCUGCCCCUGCGCUGCCCUUCCGGCUGUGGCUACUUCGCCCUGGUCAACGUCUUCCUCCUGGCUGCAGGGUGUACCAGGGCAUUCUCUCUCCUCUACGAUGCCUACGGCCACCAGUACCGGCUGCCCUCCACCGAGGCCUCCCUGCUGCUCUACGAAGCCCCGUUCCCCUGCCUGACUGCAGCCUUCGGCCUGGUCUUCCUGCUCCUCUCCAUGCGCUCCAGGAUGCAGCUAUCCUACUCUGCCUUCCAGAGGCCCUGUUUCCUGGCCUGUCUGGUGUUGCUGCACUUCGCUGCAGCUUUCGGUCCCGUCGCACUGCUAAGGCUCUACCAGAGAAGGGCGCCCUUCUGCCUUUUCAUCUCACUUAUCUCCCGGGGAGCGUUUGUGGCACUGGCUUCUUUUCUAUCUGCCGCCUAUUUUGUGUUCUUCUGCUACGUGCGGGCGGACUCAAAGCACAUUUACCACCUGAAUAACACCUCGCCCACGCCAGCUGAGCGAUACAACCGCUGUCCCUUUGCUGAGAGCAGGGACUGGGACCGUGCGGCUGCGACAGUGUGCCUUUCGGCUCUGUUCUGCCUGGCAUGCACCGGGCUGCAGCUGUACGCCAUGCUCCACGCUCUGGGGCUGGCCGGAGGGGCAGAGGUCUUCCGCCCCUGGCCUUGGUGGACCUUCCAGCUCAGCUGCAGGGUUUGUGAGGCCGGGGUUUGUCUCACCCUAGCCCUGGUGGUGUCCCAGCCGAUCUACUGCUCCGACCACCUUCCCCAGCCUGGAAGCUGCUGGACGGAGCUGCUGGCAAUCAAGUCGCCCAUUAUGCCGGGAACCUACCAGUGGACCCUGAGCCAGCAGGAGAAGCUGGCCAUCUGUGACAUUGGGCACGGGGAGACUGAGUGCCUGCCCCUCUACACGCUGGUGGAUGAAAGGCUAGGCCUGGACCUCCUGUACCACAGCAACCGGGCCUUGGCUUACAGAGACCUGGACCUGAAUUUGGAUCUGCCUGGCUCCAGCAAGCCCGAGGACAGGGGAGGUGGAGUGGCGUCCGGGGGUUCCUCCUUCACCAGCGACUCCACGGCUGACCUGCGGCCGCCAUCGCCCAUCAACCUACGCCGUAGUAUUGACGAGGCGCUCUUCAGCGAGGACCUCUUUCCCAUAAGCAUCUUCAGCCCGUCCAUAGCUUUUUGCUGUAGUGACCUGUCACUUAACAUCCCCUACUCCACGUCCACCCUGCCCAAUGGUGGCCAGGUGCUUCGAGCGACCCUCUCAGCCGACCCAGGCCUGUACCGGACGACCUCCUGUGUGGAGAUGGUUGCCCCGCCCCCAACCCCUCUACCAAACCACCCCCUGGUGGGCGACACCAUCCUGGGUGCUCCACCAUCUCCCUCCCUGUCCUCCAACUCCAGCUGCUCUUCCCCAGAUCGCUGGAGGGAAAGUUCCUCCUCCUGCUCCCUGUACAGACCCUCCCUAAGGGGGUCCUCUCUGGUCCUCUACUCCAGCCCAGAUGGGCACGCCCAACCCCCAUCCCUAGGCGGCAGCUCAGGCUGCAUCACAGCCUCCAGCCACCAGGGCUCACACCUACAGAUACACUAUUGCACACUAGGGUCAGCCUCACAGGAGAGUCUUGACCUAGAGUCUGAAGCGGACCGGUCCGUACAAGAGGAGUUCAUCAAUGUCUGCAGACAGAUUGAUGCGAUGAGCAUCUGCAGUGAGACAAUUGACCUGUAGGCAGAGCUCUCAACAGUCAAGGGCUAAAGACUGAGGACUGGACUGAAAUAUUGUGAAGAGGAUUUCAAGAUGGCGUCGCGUUCUGUAAGGAGCAACAAGCGGUUUGAUUAAUUAGGCUAGCCUUCAUUGUCAAGAAAGGUAAAAUAGUGCCAAAUGUUUGAGUAAAUGAACUGAGAGCGUUUGUUUGAGAAUGUUGACGUGGGUCUUUUAAUUGCCACAGAAUGCCACAAGCCAAGGAGAAAUUUUGACUUUUUUUUCACAUAUGCUAUUGGAUGAUGAAGUUUGAUACGUUAAUAAAAGUUGUGGGUUUUCCUGUGCAUUUCAAGAAGGAAACAGGAAAGCACACUACAUUUGUACAAACAUUUUGCAUUCAAAUAAAUAAUACUGUGAUUGAAAUAAGCACUUAAUAAACAAGACUACUGAAAUCUUAUUUUAACAUUGUCAUUUUAGCAGAUGCUCUUACCCAGAGACUUACUGUAGUGAGUGCAUACAUUUUCAUACUUUUUUUUCUCC